GGCUAUGUCUCGCUCUCUGCUGCCUGUCAGGGUUCCACUAAGACGUACCAGCAGGGGGCGUCCAAUGCCGACGUCUUUUUUCCGAGACCAUAUUUGUGACAUCAUCAUAUCGGUGUUUGACGUCCGUCCGACUGCGACCCGUCUACGGCCCUGACGUGACCUGAGCAUGAGCGGAAGACGUCAUCUGCGGAGCCACCGCUCACCAACAGCUGGCGCCGUUGAGAGCUGCCGUCCCGGCAUCAAGACCCUAAACGUGAGCCCCCUGUGGGCAGGUGUGCAGUGUAGCGUCGCACUGACCGGCUCCACCUGGUGGUGGUGAUGUGGACGUCAGUGAAACUGUUCUGAUCUGCAGCUCCAACUAUGAUAAAAAAAUAAAAUAAAAUAAAUAAUAAUAAAAAAACCAAACUCCCCCUUUAACGGUGUCGUAAAUCACACACAGGCAUUUUUUUACUGCUGAGUCCGAGUGUGUUGGUGUCUCUACAGGUAACACACACACACACGCACGCACGCACACACGCACGCGCGCCAAAACUCGCCUGUACAUUUCCACGUCACCUGGAGUCCAAACAUAAAUUUGGCAUCCUAUGCAAAUGCAGCUGACGUAAAAGAUCAUGUGGUUUUCGUCGUCGAUCCCCCCUAUGAGCAGCGAGCAGCCGUGCGCUGUUUCCCACUCGUGUCUUUAGGUUGAGCUAUGCUGCUGUCGGUGUUCGACCCAGCUCCGCCGCUGCCGCUGCCGCCGCCGCUGCUGCGUCUCUGCGCCCCGCUCCCGCUCUGCCGCUGCCGCGCCGCUCUGCCGCUGCCGGAGUCCCGGGAAUAAUAAAAAAAAAACUUCACGCAGCAGCAGCAGUCGAAGCCCCGCACAGCCUGAAGCGCCGCCUGAGCGCCGACGCCGUCUGUGAUGCCCUCCCAUGACCCUAGUGGCAGCUGACACUGCCCGCGAGUCGAAGACGUCUCAGCUCAUACGGUCCUGGGCCGGCGACACUGGCCGGUCCCCACCCUCACGCUGGAGACUCUAACUGCCCCCACCGACCUGUACCCUCCACCGCCACCAUCUGUAGUCAUCGGCAGUAAGACCCCCGACCAAAGCCUCCACAUCCUUCACCAGCACCAGCAGCAACAGCAGCAGCAACAGCAGCAGCAACAGCCAAAAACCACCAACUCUCCAACACAGUCAGCAGCACCAGCACCUUCGUCAGCACCAGCAGCCGUCAUGUCCAGCCGCAGAAAGUCCUCCAACCCCUGCAUGGUUCGGGUUGUCAACGACCUUCCUGAGGAGCAGCAGGAACCCGAGGAGGCCGUGGACAUGGAACGGUCAGCAGAUCAAUCCGAGUCUUCUCAAAAGAUUCAAGUCGACCAGCAGGAGGAGACACCGGAAAGUCAGACGGAAACGUCACCCGAGGAAAACCAAAACUCAGAGCCAUCGGAACAGGAGGAGCAGUUGCUCGAAGACGGCAAACCUCCUACUAUUGAAGAUGCAGAAUCCACAGACAAGGAAGAAGGAGGCGGCGAUUCGGAACCAGAGUCCCAGCAGAAGCCGGUCAGAGAGUACGAGUGCAAAUACUGUCCUUUUGUUACACAGAACCUUAAUGACUUCAAAGAUCACGUGGACUCAAGCCAUCCUUACGUCAUCCUUAACCCGCUGUACCUUUGUGCUCCCUGCAACUUCAACACCAAGAAGUUCGACUCCCUCAGCGAACACAACAGUGCCCGGCACCCAGGAGAGACCAACUUCAAGUUCAAGAGAAUCAAGACCAACAAUCAGACAGUUUUAGAACAGACAAUCGAGAGCAAGGACAAAUCAGCGGAAUCCGAAGUUGGAGAUGGACACGGUGAGAGCAGCGCUGGGGAGGUGCUCCGACAAGGACGUGGUCUAAAGAGCAGUCUGGAUGGUCUGAUUCAGAAAGACCAGAUCACAGCCGUUAACAUCAAUGGUACGGUCAUAAUCCCAGAACCCACCAUCCUUCAAGGGCUUUCCCAUGUCACACCCCUGCUCCAGCUCCCCCCCAACCUCAACUCUGUACCAAAAAUUGCCGUUCCCUUGAACACCACCAAAUACAACCCUUCGCUGGAUGACAACCUGACGCUGAUCACCUCCUUCAACAAGUUUCCAUACCCAACUCACGCUGAGCUCUCCUGGCUUACGGCAGCUUCCAAGCACCCGGAGGAGCAGAUCAAAGUCUGGUUCACCACCCAGAGGCUAAAGCAAGGCAUCACCUGGUCCCCAGAGGAGGUGGAGGAGGCAAGGAAGAAAAUGUUUAACGGCUCCAUUCCCCCCAACCACCAUAUGUUCACCAGCCAACCCUCGAGUCCCAUCUCCGUGCCGUCCACCAAAGUAUCAAAGCAGCCGGUUGUCCACACCACAGUCGAGCAUCCAGGUCAAGUCCGAACGGUGGUGUCCAAUGGGAUAGCUGUUGGCAUCGCGGGCACCAACUCUUCAGCCGCAGCUGUUAUUGGUUCUUGUCACACCCUUAAAAGACCCUUACAGUCACACAUGUCGGCCACAUUUGGCCCAGAGUCCAAGCGACCAAUCAUGGCCGUUGCCCCCCAUCCAGGUGAACCAAAAGACAGAGGACUAAUGGCUCCACCUCCACCGCCUCCACCUCCAAAGGAUCAAAGCCCCAAGGAGAUGAAGAGACCCGUAGCAGUUCCUCUGGUCUCCUCCGAGGUGAAGAGGCCGCCCCCUGCUGUGCCUUUAUUGCCACCGUCUCCGUCCUCUCCGUCCUUGUUGUCCAAAGGAAAGACACUUCCAACUUUAGGAAACACCAAAACCAAACCCCUGGUGUCACUCCCUUCCAUUGUUUUCCCAGAGUCCCUAACACGACCAAUGAUUGCUCCUCCUCCAAUCUUUGGUCCUCCUUUUAAAAACUCAUUGCUUAUUCCUCGCCAUCUGCCCCAGGCUUCAAAAGAGAAGAACCCCCUCAACAGCCCUGGCUUUUCAGCUUCUGAUCUGAAGGUCCAGAAUUCUCCGCCACACGUCGCACCACAGAUACGGAGGCCGGCCGUGAUUCAGUCCGUUCACCCUCCGUCUAAAAUCGCAGCUCCACUCCCAGGGUUUCCCCUGGAGGGCAAUAAAGGACUGGAGCAGCACGGAGCGGAUCUGAAGACCUGCUACAACAGAGGAGACCAGGUGCUGACUCCUCUGACGGAGGCCAAUGGUACGUCUCUACCAGACUCCGACUGGGUUCACAAUAACGGAGUCGUACAUUUGGACGGCGACGAGCCUCACCCAGAUUUCCAGCAGAAGUCCUCGGUGCUGACCCAGUUUCCUUUGCUAGAGAGGAUGAAGGGGAAGACCGCCGAACAGCUGAAGAUCCUGGAGGAGAACUUCCUAAGGAACAGUUUUCCUACACACAGUGAAGUAGACAAUCUGUCAGCCUCCACCCGUUUGUCCCACCAGGAGAUCGAGAGCUGGUUUGUGGAGCGACGGGCCCUGCGGGACAACCUGGAACAAGCACUCCUCAACUCCAUGGGCACCAAACGGAACGGUGCGGGUGGACUUGUAGCCAGCGUGGAGAAGCAACUGCAGCAAACUGUAAAACUGAAUGGGAUUCAGAAACCUAGUGCUGGGAUUGGGCACCUCAAAGCUGCAGCUCCUCCAAAACAGCGCCUCCCCAUGGUCCCAACACCCAGCUCCAACAUCAACUCCUGCUUAGUGCCUCCAGAUGGUCGAUGGCUGGCGCUCCUCAAGGGCGAUAUUGCUCAAACCCGGUGGCCUUCCCCUGAGGAGUUCAGUCAUCUGGAGGGUCGGACGGGACUGACCCGCACCGACCUGGCCCAUUGGUUCAACGAGAGUCGUCUGCAGACCGACAGCAGCGUGGACCUGUCGGGGCUUUUUCACGGUAGUGUGAUGAAUGGAGGACAGAGGGCGUCGCUGCGGCCCUCUGAAAAGACUCCCUCCAGCAACGUGCUGCAGUGUCAGGGUGGAGCCAUUACCUGCCCAAACAAACAAAUGGCUUAA